AUGGAGCUUUUCCGAAAUUGUCUUGAUGACUGCGGGCUGGUGGACCUUGGUUUUUCUGGUCCAAAGUUCACCUGGACUAAUCGGCAGGACGCACAAUGCAAUGUGCGGGUCAGACUUGACCGCGCUGUGGCUAACGGUGACUUUAUCGCCAUGUUCGAGUUCUAUCAUGUGGAAAACAUAAUUACUACCACUUCUGACCAUUAUGCGGUGGCCAUCUCCCUCGACUCCCAGCAAAUGAUGGGUGAUCGGCCCCCUGUACAACACAAUUUUCGCUACAAAGCUAUGUGGCGUCGUGCCGAGGGCUACAUUGGGGUAGUGGAGAAUGCUUGGAAAGCCCAUGCCACUGGAACUCGCUCGCUGCAUGAAACAUGGUCAGUUUUGAACCAUGUGUCGGGUGCUCUGAAGGAAUGGAGCAAGGAGGCCUUUGGUUCCGUCUGA